AUGGUGGAGGUUUCGACGGCGGCGGCGCCUGAAGGGGUGCUGCACCGGCGGAUUGAGUUCCACCCAGCGCGGAGGCCGCAUGCCUCUGUGGCGGUGGGGGGAGGCGGGUUCCGUAUGGAGACGCUGAACCCUGACGCCGCUGGUAAGGCGGGGGCCGGGGCGGCGGUUGGGAGCAGCGAGGGGGAGGCGAGGAGGCCGGAGAAGGCGGACUCCGGCGGGAUCGAUCCGGAGCUCAGCGUCGCAAGGAUCUACCUCGGGAGAAUUGGUGCUGGUUUGGAAAAUCUUGGGAAUACCUGCUACCUCAACUCAGUUCUGCAAUGCUUGACGUACACGGAGCCGUUCGCAGCCUAUUUACAGAGUGGGAAGCACAAGUCCUCAUGUCGGACACCUGGAUUUUGUGCAUUAUGUGCUCUUCAGAAUCAUGUCAAGACUGCUCUAGAAUCAACUGGAAAAAUAGUGACACCAUUUCGUAUUGUCAAGAACUUGCGCUGCAUUUCUCGCACUUUCCGCAAUUCAAGACAAGAAGAUGCACAUGAGUUAAUGGUUAAUUUGCUUGAAUCCAUGCAUAAAUGCUGUUUACCUUCUGGGGUACCGAGCGAGUCUCAAAGUGCUUAUGACAAAAGUUUAGUUCACAAAAUAUUUGGUGGCCGCCUUAGAAGUCAGGUCAAAUGCACGCGUUGCUCACAUUGCUCCAAUAAAUUUGAUCCUUUCUUGGACCUCAGUCUUGAUAUUGCCAAGGCCACGACUUUAGUGCGGGCACUUGAAAAUUUUACUGAGGAUGAGCUACUAGACGGGGGUCAAAAGCAAUACCAGUGUGAACGUUGCAGGCAGAAAGUUGUAGCAAAGAAACGGUUUACAAUUGAUAAGGCUCCCAAUGUCUUGACAAUCCAUCUGAAGCGCUUCAGCCCUUUCAAUCCUCGUGAGAAGAUUGACAAAAAAGUGGACUUCCAACCGAUUCUCGAUUUGAAACCAUUUGUUAGUGACUCUAAAGGUACAGAUUUUAAAUACAGCCUUUAUGGUGUCCUAGUCCAUACAGGUUGGAACACUCAAUCAGGUCAUUACUAUUGCUUCGUUCGUACAUCCAGCGGGAUGUGGCACAAUCUUGAUGAUAACAAGGUGCGCCAAGUUCGUGAGGCAGACGUAUUGAAGCAAAAGGCUUAUAUGUUAUUUUAUGUACGUAACAGUGUUCAAAAGUCAGUGGUCCGCAAAGAGAACAUCACUGCUAAUUUGCCCAUGAAGAAAACCCCUGAAAAGAUCUCAAGUCUGAAUGGUAUUACCCAAAGCAGUGUAAAAGCACAAAAUUUGAAUGGUGUGUCUCGGUUUGGUGAUAAGGCGCACAACACAAUCAUUGGCUACUCUACAAUUUUCAGCAAGACUAUAACAGGCCAUUGUUCAAAGAAUGAGGUCAAAGCUGAAGAUGCUCCAGCCUCUCAAAACAAUGCCCUGCCUUCCAGACAAGCCCCUGGAGCUCAAAAUAAUGGUGGUACCUUGCCAACUAAACCGAUGCAGGUUGCUGUAAAUAGUCAGGAGACAGCUUCCUCCCACCAACCUGCACCAUUUACAAGUACUUGUGGUGAACAAGCAGUUGUUGGGAAGCCCUUGCAGGAAAUGGAACCUAAGGCUGGUGCGGGGAAAAAUACUUCUGUUGUCUGUGUCAUUGCUAAUGGUGCCGCUACAUUGUCCAAGGCAGACAAACUAACUUCUCAGCCUCAAACAGCUCCAUUUUCCGAGCCAGCUCCCCAUGUAAAUGGCACAGCUGCAGAGUUUGUUGCACGGUCUUUAUCAAAGAAGGAUUCUGUUGUUUCAAAUGGUGUCGUGCCUGGCAUUGGAUGUCUCACUUCCAGUGAGAAAGCAAGGAACUUUCCAGAAUCUGUGGAUCAAGCUAAUGAAACCUCGAAGGCACUUCCUAUGAGUCAGAACAAUACUGCACCAGUAAUUGCUCAAGCAGACUGUGGAGUAGAGAUCGGCUCUGGUGGUAUUAUGCAUGUUGCCGUGGCUGCUUCAUGCAAUGGAACUACAGCGAAAAAGGUGAAUUUGAAGCCAAAGAAGUUUGUGAGGUAUCCUGUUGUGAACAUGUGGUUAGGGUCCAGGCAACUGUUGCUAGCUUCACUAAAGCCAGGGAAGAAAGCGAAACAUAAGAGAAGUAGAACUAGAAGACGUGCUGUAGCUUGUAAGGACGCGGCAAAUAUAUCUUGUUUGAAUGAGCAGUUGACAUCAACAUCGACCACUGCAUGCUCUGAAACUGUAGAAUGUACCUCCAGCCGUCAGAAACAAUCACAUGCUAGUGCAAGGUCCAAAGAUGAUAUCAGGUCCUCCAAAAAGAAGCAGAAGGUCGAUGGAGCUUGUGUUGGUGCUGGCACAAGUGCACCUUCUGGCAGUGCCGACAUUGCAAAGUCUGAUCCAAGCUCUUCUGUAGAUGCUAAUAAGUUUGUAGCAACCCGAGCUGUCAGUAUUCGCGCAACAGACCUGAUGGAAGCUACUGUUCCGUGCUGGGAUGAUGUAGACAUGCCAAAUACAAAGGUUGCUGAGCGGCAACACUCCAAACGCAAGAGCAUUGGUUAUAUCUUAGAUGAAUGGGACGAGGAGUAUGACAAAGGCAAGACAAAGAAAGUACGGAAAUCAAAGCAAGACUUUGGCGGGCCAAACCCCUUCCAGGAGGAGGCAGACUACAUAUCGCAGCGGAGGAUGAAACAGAAAUCCUACCAAGGCAAGUCUUGGAACCAGCCUAACACCAUAGAGGAGUUGAGAAUAUGA